AUAAACUGGAUGCCUGCCGUGGAUAGGAAGUGCUGGGGAACACAGUCACUACAGAUGGAGUCACUGUGCGAGUCAAAGGCAGAAAGAAGUCAAACUGGGCACCAGAGCAGGCUCCCUGCGGCUGGAAUCCGCGUCCAAGCAUCCAGCUCUUUAUGAAGACCAUCCGCCGUGGGGAACCUGGGAAAUUCAAGGAUCAGAUAAACUAGACUCCGCUGGUAUGGACUGUGACACCCAGAAGUUCGCUCUGCGCAAGCGCGCCACCACGUCCCCUCCCUCUACCUGAGAGGAGCUCACCUGGAUCCAGCGAGACGGAAGUUUUGUGGAGGAACAGCUCAGAAAAUCUUUUUGUCUCCGCGAAAAGUUUCUUUGGAGUUCAAGCAGCACACACUGGAUCUCCAGUCGAAGCAGGAUGCCAUUGGGUGACAUUUUAAAGAACAAUUUUAAGGACUUUUCUUACCUGAGUCUGCUCAGCGACCUGUGCUGAAUUUCAGUCCAAAGCCAGCUUGCUCUCCAUUUAAGAAGAAUGACAGCUCUCCGCAGAGUGCUCCGAAGGCGAUUGCACCCAGUCAAACUGGUGAUAGUGGCCCUUGUUUUUGUCACAUUUGUGUUCUUCAUACAAUGGGAAGUUGGGAGCCAAAGCCAACAGGAGGACCCCUGGCUGAAAGAGAUGGCAGUGAAGGGGGAUGCCAUGCUGGGCAUGGUGAUGGGAGCUGUCAAUAACUUCAGGGACGUGAUUCCAAAGAUGCAGAUCAGGGCCCCUGUACGUCAGCUGGACAAGGCGGGCAGCGCGUCCUGUCUGCCGGGUCACUACACUGCCGCUGAGCUCAGGCCAGCUCUGGAGAGGCCACCUCAGAACCCUAUUGCUCCUGGAGCAGCUGGUAAACCUUUUAACACAGACUCACUGAGCCCUGAGGAGCAGAAGGAGAAGGAUAGGGGUGAAGAGAAACACUGCUUCAACCUGUAUGCCAGUGACCGCAUCUCCCUGAGCAGAGACCUGGGUGCAGACACAAGACCGCCAGAAUGUAUUGAGCAAACCUUCAAGCGGUGCCCCUCCUUGCCGACCACCAGCGUGAUAAUUGUGUUUCACAAUGAGGCUUGGAGCACCCUGCUAAGGACGGUAUACAGUGUCCUCCACACCUCCCCUGCCAUUCUCCUCAAGGAGAUCAUCCUGGUGGACGACGCCAGCGUGGACGAUGCGUUGAAGGACAGGCUGGAUGAGUAUUUAAAGCAGCUGAACAUUGUUCGAGUUGUCCGCCAGCGGGAAAGGAAAGGACUCAUCACUGCUCGCCUGCUGGGUGCCUCCGUCGCCACCGGUGACACUCUCACCUUUCUGGAUGCCCACUGUGAAUGCUUUAAUGGAUGGCUGGAGCCCCUGCUGGCCAGGAUAGCAGAGAAUAACACUGUAGUUGUGAGCCCUGAUAUAACUACCAUUGAUCUCAAUACUUUUGAGUUCAUGAAACCGUCCCCGUAUGGCCAGAACCACAACCGGGGGAACUUUGACUGGAGCCUUUCCUUCGGCUGGGAGAGUCUACCGGAUUAUGAGAAACAGAGGAGGAAGGAUGAAACAUACCCUAUCAAGACUCCCACAUUUGCUGGUGGGCUCUUCUCCAUCUCAAAAGAAUACUUCUACCGUGUUGGAAGCUAUGAUGAAGAAAUGGAAAUCUGGGGUGGGGAGAAUAUUGAAAUGUCCUUUAGGGUGUGGCAGUGUGGCGGACAGCUGGAGAUCAUCCCUUGCUCCAUUGUUGGUCAUGUUUUCCGCACCAAGAGCCCCCACACCUUUCCCAAGGGAACACAAGUGAUUGCUCGUAACCAGGUUCGACUGGCGGAGGUCUGGAUGGACGACUACAAGGAGAUCUUUUACCGCCGUAACCAGCAGGCUGCGCAGAUGGCAAAAGAUAGGGCCUUUGGAGACACCUCAAAACGCGUGGACCUCCGUGCGCGGCUUCAGUGCAAGAGCUUCUCGUGGUAUUUGAAGAACGUUUAUCCAGAAGCCUUCAUCCCUGAUCUCAACCCACUCCACUUUGGCUCAGUGAAAAAUGUCGGCAAAGACUCAUGUCUGGAUGUUGGAGAGAACAAUGAGGGUGGGAAACAGCUGAUCAUGUACCCUUGUCAUGGACUAGGAGGAAACCAGUAUUUUGAGUACUCCACACAUCACGAGAUUAGACACAACAUUCAGAAGGAGCUGUGUUUGCACGGGGCAGAGGGGACUGUGAAGCUGGAGGACUGCCAGUAUAAAGGCGGGAACACGUUUGUGGGAGUGGAGCAAAAAUGGGAACUGAAAGAUAGCCAGUUUUUCUACAUGCCAGGAUUGAACUUGUGUCUGAGUGCCCGUCAUGAGCAUCCCUCUCUGACCCUCUGCAACCCCUUGGACAGAUACCAGCUCUGGUCCUUCGUCUGAGAGUGCAAACUACCACUUUACAAAAUAGCCACUAUGUAUGCAACGGCAUACUAGAACAUGAGUAUACUACACUGCGUGCAGUUAACAUGCAGUGUUUUUUUAGAUUACUGACAUUGAGUUUUAAUUUAUUUUUAUACAUAGAAGAACUGAACUGCUGCUGCUGCUGCCGGGAAGUUUGGACUUUGGUAGAAACCAGUGUGCCACUGCUGGAGGGAAGCAUUGAAACAAUGCUCCCAAUCAGACUGUGAACUGAGAUUCUUGGAACAGUGACGAUGCACUGUGCCGACAAGUGCCUCUUCUGUGCUUGUAUUCACUACUCCAAGUCAUUACAACCAACACAUGCAGUGUUAGGUUUAUAAAGCGAAAACACUGAGCAUUUUCCAGUCAGACACAUGGAUCAAAAAAUAAAUGACAGUAGGGGAUUAAUAUUAUAAAUAAGGGGUUCAAGCUGGACACACAGAAAUCCCAAAUGUUAUGCACCAAAGAGAAGUGAAAACUUGAAACACACAAACACGAUGUGCAUUGUCCCCCUUUUUAAAAGAACUUUUUUCUACUGAUGCAAAACCGUCCAGUGCCUUAGAUGUAAUUUUAUACUGGGUGGGUGGAGUGGUGGAGGGAUGGGUGGUGGUGUGGUGGGGUUGUUACAGUUUUCUGUGGAUGCAGAUAAUGGCUUCUGAUCAAAGGGCUCCUCAGAUCAGGAUUAGAAUCAAUACACUUUAAUUCAGUUGUUUCCUGAGAUACUUUUUUUUUUUUUAAGAUAAAAAAAAAAUGUUGCAAAACAAAUAUUUUAUAAUUUCUAUCUGCUCAGUUUAUUAGGUCCACCUAGUUAACGCAAAUACAGUUCAAUGCGACAACCCUGCAAUAAAUCCUUGCCUCACUAAGGUUGUAUAUGUUACAUCAUACUGAAGUGUUUCUUAUGUAAGGUCAAACCCAUUUCUAUCAGUGAGGCUAGUGUAAAUAAUAGAGACACCUCUCAGUACAGUGCAUUACAACAAAAUGAUAAUAAAGUUGAAUUAAAGCCUCUUAAACAGUUUCAAACACAAACUGAACAUUAUAACCUUCAUGUUGGCAGGAUUUACUGCAGAGCUGCUGUAUUAGACUGCAUUAGUUUUAGCAAGGUGUACCUAAUAAACUGACUACUGAGUGCAGAGGUAUCAAGAAUGAAGAAUGAUUAUUUGAAUGCCAUUGUAAAUGAGUGAGCUGGCCCUAAACAUGAAUUAUAUACAGUUAGUUUGCCCCCCAGGUGUUCAUUUCAAGUGCUCCCAACAAAAGUUCUAUUUAUUUUUUUAUUUAUGAUUGAAAUGCAUUUUUAUCUGGACUAUAGUCAAUGCUUUAUUCCCAAAAUACAUGUCAAAUGCCACGACUUAUUUUUGAGAUUAAUCAUACUUUUGUAAAUUUCAGCAAUGUUUACCUUUUUUUAUUUCAAAUUCAACGCUUGGGUGUUCAUCAAAGGGACAUGUGAAAUGAAUGCACCGAAGGGAUUCUGUUCACCCUCUACAUUGAAACUGGAGUCCACUCAUGAAUGUCUGGUGCAGGCACUAGUGUUAAGAUGGAAUAUUGUAAAUAAUUUUGAGUUUGAGACCAGGGUGAGGAACAGAGUCUCAGAUGGAAAUUGCCUAGUGUUGUCUUGGUAUUAGGAGGUCUUAUUUUUAGGUCAAUAAAUUCAGUUGGUUAGUACUGAGA